AUGGCAAAUUCUAAAGCUUGUGCUGCCUGCAAAUACCAAAGGAGAAAAUGUAACCAAACCUGUGAGCUGGCUGCAUACUUCCCGGCCAGCAGGUUCGUAGAGUUUGUAAACGCGCAGCAUAUGUUCGGUAUGAGCAACAUUGAAAAGAUUAUAGCUACAGUUGAGCCGGAACAAAGACCAGCAGCAGCAGAGACUAUACUCUUUGAAGGGAAUAUAUGGAGGAAUAAUCCUUCAGUUGGUUGCCUUGGUGUUACCAGAUUCGUCCUUGAACGAGUAGAUUUCUAUGAGAAAGAACUUGAGUUUCCUCGGAUCACGGCUGAGAUGAAAAAGUAUGAAGAAAGGUGUGGGGAAGAGAAAAAGGAGAUGAGGUACCGUAGAGGAGAGAGAUGA